AUGAAAGGUGGAGACUUGGAGCGGAGGUCUGCUUUGGAUGAGUUGAUGAAGGAGGAAGAGAGGAAGAAGGAGAGGAUGAAUCGUAAGCCUUAUUGGUUGUUUCAAGGGAUUGUUAUGAAGGUGAUGAGUAAAGCUCUGGCGGAUAAAGGGUAUUAUAAGCAGAAGGGUGUAGUGAGGAAAGUGAUUGAUAACUGUGUUGGGGAGAUUGAGAUGAUUGAUUCUAAGCAUGUGUUGAGUGUUGAUCAGGAGGAGCUUGAGACUGUGAUUCCGCAGAUUGGUGGGUUGGUGAAGAUUGUGAAUGGAGCAUAUUGUGGCACAAAUGCUAGGUUGUUGGGUGCUAAAGUGCAGAUUGAGAAAGGUGUAUAUGAAGGAAGAGUCAUCAAGUCCAUUGAGUAUGAAGACAUAUGCAAACUUGCUUAG